AAAUUAAAAGAGAAAAAUACUAAAGAGAUUGUCAACUUUCCUCUCUGUAACUCUCUCUUUCGUCUUAACUAGCCAAAAAGUCCAGAUCUUUCUCCACUCUCUCUCCCUCCCUCCCUCCCCCUCUCAGCCGAAGUCAGAAUUCCGUACUCUUCAAUCUCUCUGUCUCUCACUCUGCAACAUGAUCCAUCAAUUUUUUGUAGUUUCUUUUUUCUUGGAGUAAUACAAUCUCACUGUUCUAUUUACGUUGGCUUGUUUUGAUCCCUUUCUUUUGUGGUUUCUCUCUCAAAGUUCCAAUCUUCACUGCCCAGAUCUUGAAUUCUCUCAAUCCAUGCAAUAUCAAGGCCAAAAUCUUUAAAGGGUCGGUUUAUUUUUUGAUUAAAAAAAGUGGGUUUUGUUUUGUUUCUCAAUAGGAAAUGAGGGAUGUUGUCGUGGCUAAAAAGGAUAGCAAUGGCUUGUUGGAGACCGGUGAGGCGAUAUGCACGUAUGAGCAAGGAUGAAAUUUUAAAUGAUGAUGAUGAUUCUGCUACUCCUGACUCUCUUUUAUGGUCUAGAGACCUUGAGAAACACUCUUUUGGAGAGUUCUCUUUUGCUGUGGUUCAAGCCAACGAGGUUAUUGAAGAUCAUAGUCAAGUAGAGACUGGUCGUGAUGCUACUUUUAUUGGUGUUUAUGAUGGGCAUGGUGGACCUGAUGCUUCUCGGUUCAUAUCUGACCAUUUGUUCUUAAAUCUCAUGAGGCACGCUAGAGAAAGAGGAACCAUCUCUGAAGAUAUCCUUAGAAGUGCCUUCUCUGCAACUGAGGAUGGGUUUCUUGCUCUUGUCCGUAGGUCAUGUGGAAUAAAACCAUUGAUUGCAGCAGUUGGAUCUUGUUGUUUGGUUGGAGUUAUCUGGAGGGGGAUGCUAUAUGUUGCUAAUCUCGGUGAUUCUCGAGCUGUAAUUGGUUCUCUAGGUAGGUCAAGUAAGGUAGUUGCUGAGCAGUUGACCAGGGAUCAUAAUGCUAGUAUGGAAGAGGUUAGACAAGAACUCAAGUCCUUGCAUCCAGAUGAUUCACAUAUUGUUGUUAUGAAGCGUGGAGUAUGGCGUAUCAAAGGCAUCAUUCAGGUUUCUAGAUCUAUAGGUGAUGCAUACUUGAAGCGGCCCGAGUUUUCUCUUGAUCCUUCUUUUCCACGAUUUCACCUCCCUGAACCCAUUCGCCGGCCCGUGCUAACAUCAGAACCAUCCAUGUAUACAAGGGUUUUAGGACCCAAUGAUAAAUUUGUCAUAUUUGCAUCUGAUGGGCUGUGGGAACAACUAACAAACCAGGAGGCAGUUGAGAUUGUGUGCAAUAAUCCACGAGCUGGAAUUGCUAGGAAACUAGUCAAAACAGCUCUAAAUGUGGCAGCUAGGAAGAGGGAGAUGAGGUAUGAUGAUCUUAAGAAGGUCGAUAGGGGGAUCAGGCGUUUUUUUCAUGAUGAUACGACAGUAGUUGUGAUCUUUAUAGACCAUGAGUUGCUAGGGAAUAGUACAUCAGCACCAGAGAUGUCAGUACGAGGGUUUAACGACACUGUUGGACCAUCAAAUUUUAACAUUCUUCAAGGAAUUGAUGCGAAUGCCCGGUCCACUAUAUAAGCGAGCAUCAUUUGAAUUGUGCAGUCUAGUCAAAGAAGAGUAAACUUGGCAAGUUUCUGUUGUCGUUCCUUUUCUUUUUCCUUUUCUUUUUUGCCACAUUUUACUAUAUUAGUUUUGUUCCCUCCCCUUUUUCUUUUCCAAGUUUUUGUGGGCCGUUGAGCCUUAUUUCUGAUACUAUGCUCCAUGUUGAGAAUUCUUAUGAGGGGAAGCUACAGAUUUUUGGAUUUAACAUGUGGACUCUGUAUACACCUGAAGUUUGUACUAUUCAUACGCAAUGUUUAUUAAAAAAGAGUGCUCGUCUGGUUUAUUUC